ACAAUUACAAUUCCACCACACUUCCACUCACACAGCCGUUUCCACAUCGACUGCGUGUGACCUAAUCCCGCACACUGCGUUCUAAUACCGAAGUCUCGCGAGAGUUCGUGCGAGGGGAUAAGUUAAGGAAACACGGCGAUGUCUAAUUUGUUAAAGAACAAGGGGUCCCUCCAGUUUGAGGACAAGUGGGAUCUUAUGCGCCCCAUUGUCCUCAAGUUGCUUCGCCAAGAAUCUGUAACCAAGCAGCAGUGGUUCGAUCUUUUCUCAGAUGUUCAUGCUGUUUGUCUAUGGGAUGACAAAGGACCAGCAAAGAUCCAUCAGGCCCUCAAAGAGGACAUCUUAGAUUUUAUUAAGCAAGCCCAAGCGCGAGUGCUCAGUCAUCAAGAUGACACGGCGCUCCUCAAGGCUUACAUCGUGGAGUGGAGGAAGUUCUUCACGCAGUGUGACAUUCUGCCCAAACCGUUCUGCCAGCUGGAGAUCACCUUGAUGGGCAAACAGGGCAGCAACAAGAAGUCCAAUGUUGAGGACAGCAUUGUUCGGAAGCUGAUGCUGGACACUUGGAAUGAAUCCAUCUUCUCCAACAUCAAGAAUAGACUGCAAGAUAGCGCAAUGAAGUUGGUCCAUGCUGAACGACUAGGAGAAGCGUUUGACUCUCAAUUGGUCAUUGGGGUCCGAGAGUCUUAUGUGAACCUGUGCUCCAAUCCUGACGAUAAGCUGCAGAUCUACAGGGAUAACUUUGAGAAAGCCUACCUAGACUCCACUGAGAGGUUCUACAGAACCCAGGCACCAUCAUAUCUGCAACAGAAUGGAGUACAAAACUACAUGAAAUAUGCAGACGCUAAGUUAAGAGAGGAGGAGAAACGUGCACUACGGUAUUUAGAGACACGGCGUGAAUGUAACUCUGUACAAGCACUUAUGGAAUGUUGUGUGAAUGCACUGGUGACGUCCUUUAAAGAAACGAUCUUGGCUGAAUGUCCAGGCAUGAUCAAACGAAACGAGACAGACAAGCUGCACCUCAUGUUCUCAUUGAUGGAUAAAGUUCCCAACGGGAUCGAGCCCAUGCUGAAAGAUCUAGAGGAGCACAUCAUCAGUGCAGGCCUGGCAGACAUGGUGGCUGCUGCUGAGACCAUCACAACUGACUCAGAGAAGUAUGUGGAGCAGCUUCUGACGCUGUUCAAUCGCUUUAGUAGAUUAGUGAAGGAGGCAUUCCAGGAUGAUCCGCGAUUCCUGACGGCCAGAGACAAAGCCUACAAAGCAGUUGUGAAUGAUGCAACAAUAUUUAAGUUGGAGCUGCCAUUGAAGCAGAAAGGGUAUGGACCGAAAGUCUUACUGAAUGGAAAAGAGCACCUGGACAUUCUGCUACAAACAGCUUCUACUGUUCUCCCUCAAAUAAAGGUGGGCCUUAAAACACAGCCAGAGUCAAAGUGUCCCGAGCUGCUAGCCAACUAUUGUGACAUGCUGCUAAGAAAGACGCCACUGAGCAAAAAACUGACCUCGGAGGAGAUCGAGCUCAAGCUGAAAGAAGUGUUGCUCGUGCUAAAAUAUGUCCAGAAUAAGGAUGUGUUCAUGAGGUACCACAAAGCCCAUUUGACGAGGCGUCUGAUCCUGGACAUCUCAGCAGACAGUGAGAUUGAAGAGAAUAUGGUUGAGUGGCUCAGGGAAGUCGGUAUGCCUGCAGACUAUGUAAACAAGCUCGCCAGGAUGUUUCAGGACAUCAAAGUGUCAGAAGAUCUCAACCAGGUCUUUAAGGAGAUGCACAAACACAACAAGCUGGCUUUACCAGCUGACUCUGUGAACAUAAAGAUUUUGAACGCUGGAGCGUGGUCACGCAGCUCAGAGAAAGUCUUCGUAUCUCUGCCCACUGAACUGGAAGAUCUCAUCCCUGAGGUGGAAGACUUCUACAAGAAGAACCACAGCGGCCGCAAACUCCACUGGCACCAUCUGAUGUCCAAUGGCAUUAUCACUUUCAAGAAUGAAGUAGGGCAGUAUGAUCUGGAGGUCACAACCUUUCAGUUGGCGGUACUUUUUGCCUGGAACCAAAGACCCCGGGAGAAGAUCAGCUUUGAGAAUCUGAAACUUGCCACGGAGCUGCCUGAUGCUGAACUGAGACGAACCCUCUGGUCUCUUGUUGCCUUCCCAAAGCUCAAACGCCAGGUGCUGACGUAUGAACCUCAAGUGAGCUCUCCCAAAGACUUCACAGACAGUACAUUGUUUUUCGUUAACCAGGAAUUCUCUCUUAUAAAAAACUCAAAGGUUCAGAAGAGGGGAAAGAUAAACCUGAUUGGUCGAUUGCAGCUGACGACCGAGCGAAUGAGAGAAGAAGAGAACGAAGGCAUCGUCCAGCUUAGAAUAUUAAGAACGCAGGAGGCCAUCAUUCAGAUCAUGAAAAUGCGUAAGAAGAUCACAAACGCUCAGCUGCAAACCGAGCUGGUGGAGAUCCUGAAGAACAUGUUUCUUCCUCAGAAGAAGAUGAUCAAAGAACAGAUCGAGUGGCUCAUCGAGCACAAGUACAUCAAGAGAGACGAGACGGACAUUAACACCUUCAUCUACAUGGCGUAACGCCGAAACGACUCCGCAGAUGAUUCGCCGCCGUUUUGGGGAUGACGUACUUUUCGCAGGACCAGCAGCAGCGGCGGAGGGAUAGUGAUGUCUUGAAGAUACUGCUUGGGCUGCUGGUCUUCCAGCGUAGUGAUGACACCAGAAAAGUUCAUUUAAAAAAUAAAUAAAUAAAUCCCUGCCUUACCUUACAGUGAAGACACACGAGAUGAGGAUAGGAGAUUUCAAAAAAAUAUGAAUAAAGACAAAGGAUUAUAUUUUUGCCAUUGGUAGUCAGUAUGCAUGGUGGGCGGUUUGCCUUUAUUUGUGCACAUCUCCAGCAGCAUGCCGCCAGUGGGAAUGUCACAUUCAUCUGAGGACUUGUUUGUGUGUGCUGUGCUAGAGUGUUUUUCCCUCCUGAAUCCUCCGUGUGGACCCCGCCCGUCCUCGGCGCACAGCCUGGCUGAGAGCCGCCACGCCCGCUACUGCCGUCGCCUAGGGAUCCACUAGGGAGCAUGGCCUGGGAUGUAGGACCAGCAUUAGCACUUUUCACAAUAUCUGCCUAGUUUAUCAGCAUGGCUUUGUUUUAACAUUAUUUUCGGGUUGUUUUUCUUGUCUUUGGGUUUCAUUUUGAAUUUGUUGUUGUUUCAUCAGAGUGACGAGUUUCAAACACAGGAUACAUUUCUGCACCUAUCCUUAGGCUACAAGAAAGUCAAGCUUUAUUAAUGCCAGGAUUUGUACUCUAAGACAUCCUGGCAUCCAAUAAAAGCUUUCAGAAAAUCAGGGUCCGCCGGCUCACGCGGUGGUUUCGGAUACGUUUCACAAGUGUUUGUUACGUAAGGAGUGUACACCUAGCCAGGAACGUUGUUAAUAUUUGUUUAAUUUCACGCAAAGCCAGAUGGAGACGGGCAGCGUGUUUUCUUUUUUGCUCCAUUGAUGCUGACUGAUUUAUUCCAGGGCUGUUUUCUGGCUAAGGCCCUGUAAUCAAGAGGGGGGCACUUAAGUCCCCCAAUGUACUGUCUUCUCAUUGUAGGGCCCGAAGUCAAAACCCAUCAAAAGUUUGUCACUGCCACUUAAGUUUAUAGACAACUCUCACCCCAUUAUUGUUGAGUCUGCUCAACAUUUAAAGCACAGGGGUAUUGGCAAGCAUUAGGUAAAGUGGGACAGGAGGACUAAUUUAAGAGUAGAUCGUUCUGCCUUCAUUUGUGGCUCGCGGCCCUCGCUAAUUACAUUUUGCCAAAGCAAAACACAGGAGUGCUGAUCUAAAAAUGAAAUAAAGUGGAUAGUGUAUUAAUGCUUUCUCCUUAAACUGGUUUUGAUGAAUUCAUGUGAUCUCAAAUUAUUUAAUUUUACAAUCAUUUAAAGGGAUAGUUUACCCAAAAAUGAAAUUGUGUCAUCAGUUACUCACCCUCAUGUUCAAAACCUGUAUCAAUUUUGUCCAAUGUUAGUAACCAAACAUUGGGGCACCAUUGACUUUCAUAGUAUUUUCUUACUGUAGAAGUCAAUGGUGCUCUUGAUUCCUGCUUGAUUUUAAAGAUCUUCCUUUUUGUUCAGCAGAACAAAGAAAUGUAUACAGGUUUGCUGGUGAGUAUCUGAUGACAUAUUUUCAUUUUUGGGUAAACUAUUAAAUGAAUACUAUUAAAGCCACCUUCAGUCGACAACCUUCUCAAUAUAACUUUUUUGACGUUAUUCUAUUACAUGACUAGACGCAGUCACCACAUUUGAAGAAAAACUUGUGCAACUAUUUAAUAAACAUUGAUAUUUUGUUAAAUUAUAUGAAAUAAAUGCAGUGUCCCACAUACGUAUCAUGAUUAUUAUUUUGUACGAGUACUAAAAGCUACAGUAUUAGUUUAUUACAGGUAUGUUUAGGAUAUUGGCAGCCUCUGGUCAGUGAGUUUGAUAUACAUUAAUAAUGGCAUUAUUGAAUAUAGGUGAACUGUGCUUAACUUAAAACUUUUCGUCUCACACUAUAUACAAUCAGUCUUUUUUUAAUGUGUAAUAAAAAAAAUAUCCAAACGAAAUAUGAGACACAUACGUUUCUGAGGACAACAUCACAACCUUCUAAUAAAAUAUGUGCCACUGAUGUUUAAAUAAAGUGUCUGCAGAAUUGCUGUCCAUCUCCACUAAUGCUUUUCUUGUCAGGCAUUAAAUUGAACUUCGUUUGAUUUGACUGUAAAUACCAGAAAGAUUCCCAUUGAUUGUAGUGUGAAGGCGUUGUUUAUUCUACCCAGAUGUACAACAGUAUUUGAGAGCAUUGUGUUAUUUGAUUGUCCACUUUAUUUAUUUAAGCUAAGCAUGUUUGUGAGGGUAAAGAGAGAGAGAGGGAGUGUAUGUGUGUGUGUGUGCGUUUGUGUGUGUGUGCGUGCGUGUGUAGGCUGCUGCCAUAUUCUGUUACAUUACAAUUUUGAAAUUUAAAAUCAUUGUUACUGUAUGUUUUCCUGUAUCAGUUUUUCUAGGUAAUCACAUUUUUAAGGACAAGCACUAUCACAUUUAUCAAUCACAAAGGACAUUUCUUCGUGCUUGUGGUCUUCUGGGACUAAAUUAUUAUUAUUUUAUUUUUUUGAAUGAUGUCAAAUGCCGUGUAGUCCCAAAAAUUGAAGUUUCAAUUUAUUUGAAGUGAAAGAGGAUGGAAUUAAAUAAAUUUUGUGUCUGAAUUUGUCUGACCUUAAUUGGAAAUGUUAUGUGAAAUUAUAAAAUACUCUUUUUCUUGUAUUUUUUGAUGCACAUAUGUUUCAGUAAUUGGGGUCUGUGUUCACAAUAUUUAGUGAUACAAUGCAAUAAGUGAUUGGGAAAGACCAUUUUUGAUCUGUUGAUGCAGCUUUCUCUAAUAAAUGUUCAAUUCUGAAUGCGUAUUCAUAUGAACACAUUAUUAAGAUUAUUGUGUCCCACUAAAAGGGUGUCAUUUCUAUCUUGGGGUUAGUAAUCUGUCCGUGAUGUUUUUCAAAUGCUUUUCGACCUAAAAUUAAUUGAGAGUCACAUAAAAUGAAUUCUCUAAUCUGUAUAAAUACUGUAGUAAUAAUGUGUCUUGUGAUUUCCUAACACUGACUGUCCCACUUUAUCACGUGGUUUUUUUUUCUGUGCCCCCUCUUCUGUCUUCCAUCUUCGUAUGAGUUUUCAAAACUUCUUCAUCCAAACUUUCUAUCAACACAACUGAACAUUUGAGUAUCUUAAAAACAUGUCUUAAUCGGUUUAUUCAGAAUCAUUACUUUAGCCAGAUAUGUUAUAUUUGUAAUCAGUAUUUAUAUUCACAGAGUGACUCGAAAAAUUCUCUGUGUUCAUUUGUAUGAGAUUAAAUAUUAAACUGAUCAUUUCGUUUCAAUGCGGUUCAAUGGAAAACUGAACACACAAACUUGAGUGGCCUGUAAUGUGACGCACAGCUUUUGUGACAAGCAAAAUGAUCUGUAAUCCUGAGAGGGUGACUUACAAUUGCCUGCUUUCAAGAUUUCUUGCCUGGAGCCAACAGCUUCAAGAAUAUUUGAAAUGUCUCUAUGAAAUGUCUGAGGUGUGCCACUGUCCGGGAUCUACCGGUGGAUAAAGGUUAAACAGAUGCUGUUCUUGGAGUUGAGUUGGAGUGAGCCAUGUGUACUGCUAUCUUAUAUGGUUUCAUUGAGAUUCUAUUUGUUUGUUAAGUUGCAUUAUUUAUUUACUGGCAAAAUAAAAAUGACUUAAAGGAG